AUGGCAGACAAGACUCGCGACCCAACGAUUGAGACCGAGCGAUUGAUCCUUACCCCGUUCUCGCACGAACAUACUGAAUUCAUCUGUGCUAUCCGCGCAAAUCCGAAAGUAUUCUUUUGGCGGACACCAGACACACGAUCUCAGGCCAUUGAGUGGUUUGAGGCUCGCCUGGCGGAUCCGGUGAAUCUGGGCUACAUUGUAUCUCUGAAAGAUGAUCCUUCCAAUAUUCUGGGCUCUGUAGGAGCUGUCAGGCCGCCAGAGAUAGGCUACGCUUACCUACCGUCUGCUUGGGGUAAAGGCAUCGCUACAGAAGCCUUGAGGGGAUGGAUUGACACCUACUGGAAACGUUUUCCAGAAGGACAUCCAAGUUUGGGUGAGAAAGAGAGAGGAAUGUUGACGGCGGAUACUGGUCCAGAAGAAGGAAACCAAAGUCCGAGCGUGCUGAAAAAGAACGGUUUCGUACACGCUGGCCAAGUUCCGGUUGAAGAGGAGGGGGAAACAGUCAUGCUUGAUCGUUGGAGGCUUGAUAGACCGAUUGACGUUGUGACAGAAAUAUUUUGGAUGGAAGUGGUCGAGCCUGCUACUGUCGGUGUUGACGAGCUCGAGGAGGCGUUUGUGGUGCUGCUGAGACUUGAGCUUUUCGGAGAAACUAUUGAGCUGCUGCUUGGUGUCGCAGGUGUAUUAACUUGCGUCGUCGCAGGGACGAAGAUGCUACUAGUCGCAAGUGUUGCAGGAUCGGUAAAGCCUGCAGCGGAAUAA